AUGACACCAACCAAUGUGGUUUACCAGGUUAACUCGAAUUCCUUCACUGUAUCAUGGUCACCCCCAUCAAACCCGCCAUUCCAGCCGACUGGUUACCUAGUACAAUAUAGGGUAGGUGGAGUGGAUGGAGGAGAUUUUACAGCAAGUGACGUAACAUCCAUUACAUUCCAAGGCACUGCUCCUGAUGCUAACAGCGUCUUGGUUGCUACUUUGUUCACUGGUUCAAAAGAACUUGGUGCUGAGGACAUCGCUCUGGCUGUCGAGACUCAGUCGGCACCGGACUCCUCAUAUUAUCAGAUUCACUUGUUGAACUUCAUCACUUUAUCCUGGUCAACCCCGCAAAACCCGACAGGAGUGUUUGGGUAUCUGGUGGGAUAUUCGGUAGGCGGAGUGGCCAACGGCGAGACCAUCUUAGACAAUAUAGUGACAACGAUUACAUUUCAAGACAACAACUUACAGGGUAGAAGUGAUAUUGAUCCGAAUAGUGCAUUCGUCGCCCAUUUGGAUUUUAAUCAAGUUGAAAUUCCAAACACUCGGUCUGUGGCGUCUCUGCCCCCUCAGAGUGUGAUACCCUCUCCUCCCGUGCUUGCUACCAUACAACGGACAUCCGACACAAGUUAUACUAUAUCCUGGUCUAGCCCGGGGAACGUCGAUGGAUAUGUCAUCUCAUACGCCGAUGGUGCAGUAGUCAAUUCUCUAGAGCUACCAGCAGAUAGGACAUCUGAACAGGUCCAGAAUCUCCAACCCAAUACGGAUUACACAUUUAACUUGUACAGUCAACGGAAUGGUAUCAGAGCUCAAGCUAGUCUCACUGUACUACCUCCUGUGGUAACACAAACAGCACCGACCAAUGUGGUUUACCAGGUUAACUCGAAUUCCUUCACCGUAUCAUGGUCACCCCCAUCAAACCCGCCAUUCCAGCCGACUGGUUAUCUAGUACAAUAUAGAGUAGGUGGAGUGGAUGGAGGAGAUUUUACAGCAAGCGACGUAACAACCAUUACAUUCCAAGGCACUGCUCCUGAUGCUAACAGCGUCUUGGUUGCUACCUUGUUCACUGGUUUAAAAGUGCUUGGUACUGAGGACAUCGCUUCGGCUGUUGAGACUCAGCAGGCAACGGACUCAUCAUAUUAUCAGAUUCACUUGUUGAACUUCAUCACUGUAUCCUGGUCAACCCUGCAGAACCCGACCGGAGUGUUCGGGUAUCUGGUGGGAUAUUCGGUAAGCGGAGUGACCAAUGGCGAGACCAUCUUAGACAAUACAGUGACAACGAUUACAUUUCAAGACAACAACCUACAGGGUAGAAGUGAUAUUGAUCCGAAUAGUGCAUUCGUUGCCCAUUUGGAUUUUAAUCAAGUUGAAAUUCCAAACACUCGGUCUGUGGCGUCUCUGCCCCCUCAGAGUGUGAUACCCUCUCCUCCCUUGCUUGCUACCAUACAACGGACAUCCGACACAAGUUAUACUAUAUCCUGGUCUAGCCCGGGGAACGUCGAUGGAUAUAUCAUCUCAUACGCCGAUGGUGCAGUAGUCAAUUCUCAAGAGCUACCUGCAGAUAUAACAUCCGAACAGAUCCAGAAUCUCCAACCCAAUACGGAUUACACAUUUAACUUGUACAGUCAACGUAAUGGUAUCAGAGCUCAAGCUAGUAUCACUGUACUACCUCCUGUGUUAACACCACCAGGUAAUACUCUUCAGGAUUAUUGUCUUGCCUGCAAAGCAAACCGAGACUUUAAUAGGCGAUGCUUUUUUUCCAACGACGGUGGUAGCAGCAGCGUUAUCAUUGAAAUCUUAACGAAGGAUAAGUUUUUAAUAUGUCAUCAUAACUUAGAAAGCAUAUAGUCGACCUAGUUCAUGAAACAUGAGACUGUUCAGAUUUAUAACUGAGAUUUAUAACUGUUCAGUUUUAUAACUGAGGCUAAUAAAGGAACAUUAAACUAUUUGUAUUUCAAGAUUUUUUUGAGCAAUUUCAUUUUAUGCCCAACUCUUUUAAAACUAAGGAAAAUGAAAUCUUUUAUUAGUGUCAAGUUCUUGAUCAUCUCUACCAUUCAAUUUGAGUGUAUUCUGGAUUAAUUGAUAUUUGAAAUCAAUUUUCACGCUUAAGGCCUGUCACGUCUUGAUUUUGGGGCCAAUGAUGACGGCACACUAUAAAUAACAUUGGUCCUGGGCUAUGUUUACUUCUACCACCUGUCAUCCAAUCUCAAGCUCUUUGAUUUUGGUAGCCAGAUCCCAGCAUCGCACUUGCUUAUGGGCAUUUUCACCACAGAUGGACACAGAGGCAAAAAAAUCAAGUUUAUAUUCAUGUCAAAUGCUUUAUGGUUUUUAAUAAAACAAGACCUGAAGUUUCUGAGACAAAAUUUAUUUCCGACUCUGGCAGCCAUUUUUUAUUUCAAAAUGGCUGCCAAAGUAUGGAUACAAAUUAGUGUUGAAAAUAGUAUAUUGAUACAUAUUUUGUAUUGACAGAUUUUUAAAGAACAGGUUUGAUCAUGAUGUUUUCGCCUGAGAUUUAGCUUGCUAUUAUAACACUUUUUAAAAUCCCACAGAAAGAAACACCAGUAAUUCAUUCAUCUGAUAAAAAAACAUUGAUGAAGUAUGUGAUAUGGUAUGUAAUGUCAUGAAAACAUGAACUUUUUUUUCUCAUUUCCUGGAAAAGAGGAUAUAUUAUAUGAAACUUGGUAGAUUUCCUCUCUAGGUAACACCCCUCCCUUCUGCACCAAAAUUAAAGAUUAACAAUUAACAAUGAAGCCAUAGGGUACCAUUAACUAUAUGUAAUGUCAGUUACCAAGUGGAAAAUGUAAUGUCAGUUACCGAGAUGUAAUGUCAGUUACCAUGAUAAAACGUUGGUUACCAAUAUUGAAAUGCAAAUAUGUGGUCAAUUUUAGGGUGAAGAAAUAAUGUAUACUUGUUAUUAAGUCUUUCACUUUAAAAGUCUCACCAGAAGGAGCUUGCUAUAUUGACUUUUAAAAGGUAUAUUUCACAAGGAAUACUAUAUGAAAUUAUGAAGGAAGUUGCAUUCCCAUCGUGCAAAAAAAAAUUACUAUGAAAUUGUUUUGUACAUGCACUUACCAAGUACCUAAUUGUUUGUAUCAGACAAUUUUUUUGUUUGGUUUUCGGGGGGGGGGGGGACUUUUCCCAACCUAUUGCCUAAAUAUGC